CCUGUCCGAGGAGGAGGAGGAGGAGGAGGAGGAGCAGCCAGGUGAGGAGGAGGAAGGGCCAGGUGAGGAAGGAACUGGUGAAGAACCAGGUGAGGAGGAAGAUGCAGGUGAGGAGGAAGAUGCAGGUGAGGAGGAAGAUGCAGGUGAGGAGGAAGAACCAGGUGAGGAAGAAGACCCAGGUGAUGAAGAUGCAGGUGAUGAAGAUGCAGGUGAUGAAGACCCAGGUGAUGAAGAUGCAGGUGAGGAGGAAGACCCAGGUGAUGAAGAUGCAGGUGAAGGGAACCCAGGUGACGACGACGACGACGACCCCGAGCCAGGUGCGGCCCGCCAGGUGCGCCCCUCUCCAGGUGACCCCUCCACCUCCCGCCUCCGCCGGCCCCGCCUUUACCUGCGGCCACGCCCAGCCGCGGAAGAGCCCGGCCCCUCCCACCUGCAGGCGCCCUGGGACCACCCAGGUGCGCCGGGGGGCCGCCUCACCUGAGCCAGGUGCGCCGGCCUUCGUGCAGCUCAUCGACGAGCGCGGCGUCUACUCCACGGCCAAGCUGGUGCUGGGCGGCCGCUCAGGUGCGCCAGGCGCGCCAGGUGAGGAGGACGACGAGGACGAAGAAGAGCGCCGAGCCCCGCCCGAGGAGGAAGAGGAGGAGGAGGAAGAGCUCCCCGCUCACCUGGAGAUCCGCCAGGUGAUCGUGGCCGAGAAGCCCUUCCAGUGCCCCGUGUGCCACAAGGGCUUCAAGCGCACCUGGGAGCUGCUGAGCCACCAGGUGGUGCACACCGAGGCGCGGCCCUACACCUGCCACCUGUGCCGCGCCACCUUCAAGCGCCACUCGGACUUCAAGAGCCACGGGCUGGUGCACACGGAGGAGCGGCCGCACAGGUGCGACCUGUGCGGGAAGCGCUUCAAGCGCUCCUCCAACCUGCAGGAGCACCGCCGCAUCCACAGCGGCGAGCGCCCCUUCACCUGCCCCAGGUGCGCCAAGGGCUUCAAGACGCCCUACGAGCGCCAGCGCCACGCCCUGACCCACCUGGCGGCCGAGAAGCCCUUCAGGUGCGGCGAGUGCGGCAAGGAUUUCCCGGCGGCCAACGCGCUGCUGCUGCACCGGCGGCACAGGUGCCAGGACAAGCCGCACACCUGCGGCGUCUGCGGGAAGCGCUUCACCUACGGCCACUCCCUGAAGGUGCACGAGCGCGUGCACACGGGCGACCGGCCCUUCAGGUGCGCGCUCUGCGGCAAGGCCUUCAAGCAGAGCAACGCGCUGGCCUCGCACGAGCGCGUGCACACAGGUGAGCGCCCCUUCGCCUGCCGCACCUGCGGCAAGGCCUUCAAGCAGUCGUCCUACCUGGCCAUCCACCAGCGGGCGCACACGGGCGAGCGGCCCUACAGGUGCGAGGCGUGCGGCAAGGCGUUCGCCCGGCCCUCGCUGCUGCUGCAGCACCGGCGCGUGCACAGCCAGGUGAGGCCGCACCAGUGCGGCCACUGCCACAAGUUCUUCAAGGACCUGGCGUACCUGGCCGUGCACGAGAAGGUGCACACAGGUGAGACGCCCUACAAGUGCGGCGUGUGCGCCAAGGGCUUCGCGCACCCCCUCCAACCUGCUGCAGCACCAGCGCGUGCACCGCGACACCUGAGCCGCGCGCCAGGUGAGCGCCUGUGCUCACCCGGAAAGGUGCGGCGUCCUCGGGCCGAGCGCCGUGGGCGGAGCCCCAGGUGA